AUGAGUAAAAGUAAAGAAACUGCUGAACUUCUUAUUUCACAUGGUUCAAAUAUUAAUGAAAAAGAUAUAUAUGGAGAUACAACUCUUCAUUUUGCAGCAAAGACAAAUAGUAAAGAAACUGCCGAACUUCUUAUUUCACAUGGAGCAAAUAUUAAUGAAAAAAAUAAAAUUCGAGAAACCGCACUUCAUAUUGCAGCAAGGAACAAUAGUAAAGAAACUGCCGAACUUCUUAUUUCACAUGGAGCAAAUAUUAAUGAAAAAAAUAGAUAUGGAGAAACCCCUCUUCAUAUUGCAGCAAGGAACAUUAGUAAAGAAACUGCCGAACUUCUUCUUUCACACGGUGCAAAAAAUGAUGUUACUACAUAA